ACAUGAACUUUUAGCAGACACAAGACCGUUAUCGAUUAUCCGCAAAAAAUUGGAGUGAAAGAUCCUCAGCCCCUCCUUCCCCACACAAAGCAAAGGAAUCAAACUUUACGACAUUUCACGGAGCCUGCUGGCUCCUAUCGGCCUAUCCAUCCUGCGCUUCCACACCCAUAUGUGCACAUCCAAGCGCAGCAGCAAUGGCGGCAGUUGCAGCGGCAUCUUUUGCAAUAAACCUACCAGCGAAAAUGGCGGCAACUUCUCGUGCAAUAUAUAUGGGAAGAACUAGAAGCAGAGUAAAAGAAGAAGCCAUGGCCAUGAUUACAGCAGGCGUGCACAAGGAUAGGCAUGUAUUAUCGUCUCUUUUGCCAAGCUCUUCUGAAUGCUCUCAUUGUGGCCUCUUCUUCUUGAAGGGAAAUUACUAUAGCUAUUGGUUUGAUGCUUCCAUUAAACUCCAUACUAAAACCUCGAAUAAAGUUCAUGGUGACCAUUAUAAUGUAAAAGCAUCUCCGAAGACUGGAAUUUCAACUAACGGCAUUGAACCAUCACGGCAGCGAUGCAUUGUGCUGGACAUAGAAGGAACGACCACUCCAAUUUCGUUUGUGACGGAUGUUCUCUUUCCAUAUGCUCGUCAUAAUGUUAGGAAACAUUUGGAGCUGACGUAUGACACAGACGAAACUCAAGAUGAUAUUAAACUACUACGAAGUCAAGUGCAAGAAGAUUUAGCUAACGGUGUUGUAGGGGCAGUCCCGAUUCCUGCAGAUGGAAGGAAAGAGGAAGUCAUUGCAGCCAUAGUAGCUAACGUCGAGGCUAUGAUUAAAGCAGACAGAAAAAUCACCUCCUUAAAACAACUGCAGGGUCACAUAUGGCGAACCGGAUUUCAGAGUAAAGAGAUGGAGACUAUAGUGUUCGAUGAUGUUCCUGAUGCACUCGAGAAGUGGCACGAUCAUGGAAUUAAGGUGUACAUAUAUUCCAGUGGGAGCAGACUGGCGCAACGGCUAUUGUUUGGCAACACAAAUUAUGGGGAUCUUAGGAAAUACUUGUGUGGAUUUUUUGACACAACGGUCGGGAACAAAAAGGAAACUAAAAGCUAUAUCGAAAUCAUGGAAUCACUGGGAGUGGAUGAUCCAUCCGAAAUCUUAUUCGUCACCGAUGUCUAUCCAGAAGCUACAGCUGCUAAAGCAGCAGGUUUGGAUGUGAUCAUAUCGAUUAGGCCCGGAAAUGGAGCUCUUCCGGAGAAUCAUGGUUUUCGGACAGUGAACUCAUUUGCAGAGAUCUGAAGAGAAAAUUCAGGUAUCAAAUGUGUGAAGUUGGCUUAGAAUAUUGAACAAAUGUGCAUUGCCAACAAUAGUUUACAUUUGUUGUUUCUUUGGGUAUCAUCUAAAAAGAUUAUUUUGAGCAGAUUUUUGGGGGACCCAUUUGAAUUCAGUUCGAUUAAGUUAAGCAAUGAGAAUCACAUUAUACUAUCA